CAAAAUGGAACAACAAAAGGUGCCGUAUAAGAUCAAGGACGUUACGCGAGUUGUGAAAAAGGCUGUUGUGGCCGCCACUUUGGCAGAAGUUCGGGUGAAGGCGGCCGAAAAAUUCGGACGUCAAGAUCUGCCGAACAUCCAUCUAGAUUCGGACGGCACAGAGGUGGACGACGAGGACUACUUUCAGACGCUGGAGCCGAACGCAGAACUAAUAGCAGUUUUUUCCGGCCAACAAUGGGUAGAUCCCACACACUACGUCACAAUAACGACGCGACGAGACUCGUCGGAUGUCACCGACAGUCCGGAAGUGGAACGGAUCCACCUUAAAAAAUUAGUGUCACACAUGAAGACAAACCUGUGCAAUGUAUCCGUACUGAGCGAACCAGACCUCGAAUUGCUGUCGAAUAUGGAUCCGAACUCGGUCGCUGACAUUACCGGCAAGGAUUUUAUCGAACAGAUAAAGGAAGCUUCAGGCAGAAUCUUAUAUGAAAAGCGAAAGGCUUUUGACGCAAUUGAGCUGUUAAAACUUUUCGAAAAACGUCAAGCGCAGUCAGAAGAAGAAAGUCAACAUGGUAAGUCUGUGCCCAUACACACCACUUCAUUUUAGAGUUGAUCAUUCAACGUUAUGUAUGUGUGGUUUAUUUUUGCAGAAUCUGCACAAUUUUCCACCAUCACAAGUCAACCGCAGUCUCGGAAGGAAAUGACUGCAGCGGCUGCCGAAUCGUCUUCGUCAUCGCCCUCGACACCGUCAACUACAGUGUUGACGGAUAGUAAACCGACCGACCGCUGCUGA